AUGGAGGAUGAGGAUGGGCCAGAAGAACCACCAGUGACGGGCCCCGGCCCCGUGUCUUCGGACGACGAUGCGAACGAAGCUCUCCCUAGGGUCAAUCCGCGAGUCGACGGCGACAACGAGGCCACUCAGAAGGAGGCUUCAGAUUCUGCGCCCGUGACCAGGGCGGAGAUGAUUGCGCUGCGCAAGAUGCAGAUGGACACGGCGGCCACAAUGGCACGUCUGGAGACGGCACUGCUGGCGUCGCUGGCAAACCACCAGGCGAAGAAACGCAAGCGGGACAACGCAAGGGGGGAGUGCGACAGGGUGAACCCAAGGAAGGCGCGGCGCGUUGGAAGUCCAGAUCCGUCGCUGGAUGAUGACGAGCUGGAGGAGGAGGUCGGUCGACACGUGAGGACGUCUAGCUCACCGAUCCUGCAGCGAGCGCUGAAGUUCUUACCCGCGAACAAAGGGUGGAAGGAGAUUUGCGAGCAGCUGCGUGUGCACCUUUUCAUCGACGCUCCGGACGCGAUCAUGUCGUUCUACCCUAGUAGCGCGGCGAAGAGUGCCGGGCUGUGCGCGGUCAUUGAGCGACUGACACCCACCUUUGCGAGCCUGGCAAUGGCGGCGGACAAGGCUCGGCGCGCUGACCUGAACCGUACGCUGAGCGACUGGAAGACGGCGGCUGCCGGCAGAGUGCGGGACAUUGCGCUGCCGAAGCUGGGACUAUUCCGCGACGAGAAGGACGCGCGCAGCCCGUGGGCUGCGCCCAAGGCUCGCUCUGCGGCGAGAGUCAAGGAGCGUCUGCUUUUGACGCUGGACGGGGAGGGUAAGCUGUUGCGUGAUGACGGUCAAUGCGUGCUGUGCGUAAGUUAUUUGCCGCCCGUAACUACGCAUGGGUGUUGUGCAUACCAUUUCGCGAUCUCCAAGUGGAGCGAGGACAGGCGCGGCAUGCCCUUUGCUUCGGGCGCGUUUGCUGCAUGCGCUCGAGCGGCUUUCAGGCCCAGGAUGGUCAAUGGGACGCUGACUUCGAAGCUGUAUCACAUGGCUUGGCUCGAGCACGUGGUGACCGACGCGAUCCGCUUUUGGGACACCCGCAAGGGCAGGCUGUCGAACUCUGCGGGUGUCAACGCGCAGAUCGUGGACGGCCUCCGCGAGUGCGCCCUCGAGGAAGUCAUGGCUGCCGUCGAGCAGUUCCAGCCGCGGUACGACCCCACGACGUCAUCGUGGGCGUGGGGUCGACAUGGCCUGCGCUUGUCUGCGUGCGGUGUUGAGCGGCAGGAGCCCGCCAUGCAGGCAACCAGCGUGAGCGGAGCAGCAAGGGACAACAUGUCUCUUACCUGA